AUGCCAGCUCUGGAGCGGCGAUACGACCAGGACGAGUCCUCUGCCUCUGGCGAAGAAGAAGACUUUGUCAACGCUGCUCGCGCACCCUCUCGCCCUUCCUCUUCGGCGACAGCACGACCCGCUUCUCGCACUUCGUCUCACCAGUCUGGCGGCUCGCGCUCUUCGCGACGCUCUUCUCGCCCGAAGGUCCACUCGAGUAGCUCGAGCGAGUCGACCGACUCGGAGGAGGAUCGCCAGCUUCAAGCCGACUUGCGUGAUGCCGACCUCGAGCAAGGGGUUGUACGCGGUGAGCCCGUCGAAAGUCGCACUGAGCGUAUCAUGCGGAGUAUGAAGAAGGGCGGCUCGGGUGGUGCGUCCCGACAGCAGCAAUACUCUGCUAUCGGUGGCGACGACGACGGCGUGAGUCGCAAAACUUCGUCGCGGUCCUCCCGAUCUUCGCGCACGGCAGGCGGCGACGGCAAGCGCCAUCACAAGAAGCGCGACAAGAACGCGCGCCUCUACGCUCUUGACAAGUCGAACCCGUCGUCGGGCGGCGGCGACCCUUCUGCGCCCGGUGCGCUUGCGAAGGACGACAAGAAGAAGCCGACGCGCUGGUGGCUGUGGGCCCUUGUCGCUAUCCUCUUGAUCGUUGUUAUCAUCGGUGUUGUCGUCGCUGUCAUGCACUUCUCGAAGAAGAAGGACUCGACCGACCUUUCCACGACGAACUCGACUGCCGCCAACUCGACUCUCGGCGAGGACAACAUGGGCAACUCGACCUCGCCGCUCUCGCUCGACUCGUCCGACUCGCACGGCUCGAUGUCAGGCAUUUCCGGCUCAGUGGCCGCUUCCGGUCUUUCUGGCCUCAUUGGAGCCGCGACGUCCGACCCCAACAUCCUCACGACCACCGGCACGAAGACUUUCAACGACGGCCAGUACCACCCCUCCUCGACCGGCGCGCCGGCUCAGAACAGCAACACCGGCAACCCCAUCGCUGCCUUUUCGACGCUCUCCGGCGCUCAGAACGCCCAGCCGACGCAGUCCGGCGCUCAGCAGAACCAGGGCUUCUCGAACGUCGGUCAAUGGGGCUCGUUCAGCUCCGACGACGGCAGCGACAACGUCCUCUCCGCUUUCGGCGCGAUGCCGACGUCGAUGCCUGUUCAGCAGCAAGGUGGCGUCUCGUCCCUCUCGAACCAGCAGCACCAGCCUGCGCAGCAGAGCAACGGCGACGACCACGGCUGGAGCGCUUUCUCGAACGCUCAGCAGACUCGUUCGGCGCCCGGCGCGCAGCCGACGGGCACGCAGGACGGACAGGACCAGCAAGGACAGCCGUCGUCGCCGUCGUCGAUGGGCGCGAGCCCGUGGCAAGGUCAGGGUCAAGGCGCGCAGUCGCACUCGCAGGGUCAGCAGGGACAGAACGGCUACGGGUGGAACCAGCCUCAGCCGACUGGCCAGCCUGGUCAGCAGCAGCCGCAGCAGCCGUCGUCGAACUCGAACGGUCAGCAACAGAACGGCUGGAACGGUCAGCAAAACGGCUGGAACGGCCAGCAGCAGCAGCCGCAGAACGACAACGGCAUCGUCCCCGUCCAGACGAAGACGGCUCUCUCGUCUUUCGGCAAUGGUCCUUCGCCUACUCGCUCGGGCGCACCUGGCGCAUCACCGUCUUCGGGCGGAGGACACGGUCAGUGGCCCGACAACAACGGCUCUCCUGCCGCUCAGCCUUCGUCCGGCGGCGGAUACGGUCACUGGCCGUCUAACGGUGACUCGCCGAACGCUCAGCCUUCGUCUGGCGGCGGCUACGGUCACUGGCCCUCCUCGUCCGACUCGCCCGACGGCCAGGCUCACCCCUCUUCCAUCCCUCUCGGCGUCGGCCCCGUCGUCGUCGGUCAAGGUCAAGACUCGCACGGCAUGUUCAGCAACUCGACGGCGUAUCAAGCCGAAAAGCCUGAGACGUACCAGACCUACGAGGGCAAGGGAACUUGGUUCGAGGCUAGCAUGCACUACGGCGCUUGCGGGUGGGCGACAAACAACACCGAUUUCGUCGUCGCUAUCUCGAAUGACAUGUGGCUCAACUCGUCGGCUGCCGCACCUUCUGCCGCCCCCGCCCCCUCGGCCUCGAAGAAGCCCGUCUCGUUCGCCUCCUCGUCCUCGUCCUCGUCGCAGAACAACUCGACCACUCCCGCUUUCUGCGGCGCCGAAGUACUCGUUACAAACAAGGACAACGGAAGGAGUAUCAAGGCUUGGGUUACGGAGCGUUGCGGGUACUGCGAAGGCUCCGCCGCCCUCGACCUCUCCAUCCCAGUCUUCACCGCGCUCUUCCCCGACUCUUCGUCGCAGCAAGAGGUUCUCGACAUCGGCGUCGUUGACCUCCUUUGGGGCUUCACGGGCGAGAAAGUCGGGUUGAACUCGACGCUUGCCGCUUCGAGCGGGAACUCGACGGCGUCCGCGUCGGGCGACGACUCGUCUGGCGAUGAGCAGGAUGGCGAGAAGAAGAAGGAGAGUGGAGGUGGAUGGUUCAGCGGGUGGUUUGGCAGCGACUGA